GUGAAUUUCACCUACCUCAAUGUAACCUUAAUAAUCAGGGAACGGUUUGUGAUGUGGGAAUGUUCCACAAAGCGACUCUUAAGAAUGUGUUGCCAUUGCAUUUAUUAAUACCCUAAACACGACUAUAAUGGAUUAAUUAAAAGACAUUUACGAACCUGAUGAGUAGGCGGGAUCGAAGCCCCCAGAAGGGGAAGUCGAGGACGAGCCCUACCAAGGAGCGCAGCCCCGGCCGGGAACCAGACAGGGCCAAGGUGGAGGACUUUAUCAAGUGUGAGCUAUGUAAACAGAUGCUGGACGGCCCCAAAACUCUCGGAUGCAUGCAUUCGUUCUGCCGGAACUGUACACUGACCUACAUCUCCGAGACGGUCGGCAAGGGCGGGGCGUCCUCCAGUAGCAUCGUGUGUCCGAUAUGUUUACAGCCUACACCGCCACCGCCUUCCUCCAAGGGUAAGGAACACUGGGCGGACGACCUCCCAACCAACGAGUUCCUGUCAAGCUACUUGGAAGCCGUCGGGCUGAAGGUCCAAAACCGGAAGUGCGACACGUGCCGGCGACAGCACAAAUCUGAGGAGGCCUCUCAAUGGUGUAGCAGCUGCCAUGACGCAUUGUGUGACGAAUGCGUCAACUUCCACAACGCAUUGAAAACAACGAAACAACAUCAGCUCGUGUACCUGACGAAAAUUCGCAACCAACCCAUCGAGAACAUCAUAUCUCACCCUCAUUGCAAACAACAUGGUGGAGAAACUGUGAGCCGAUACUGUGAGAACCACGCUGAAAUCGUCUGCGAAAAAUGUGUAGCCUCGCAACACAAGGGUUGCCGGGACGUUCGGUCGCUUAAGGAAGCUGCCGGCGCCCACAGACCGGAAAUCAACGGGACUAGCUCCACACUAGGAGAGGAAACAAAGCUUGCUAAAGCGAUAUAUGACGAUAGGUCCAAGUCUGACAGAACGCUGGACGAUAUUCAGGCGAGGUUGCUACAGAGGAUUCAAAGCGUACGAAAAAAGAUAAAUGAUAACCUUACCAAAUGUGAAACUCAGAUAAUAGGCGAGCUGUAUGACGUGCACGGGAAAGAGAAGGCGACUGUACAGGCCGAAAUGAAAGAAGCUCAGAGGAUCAAGAAGGCGGCCGGUAAGGUUCAUGGACUGGCGGAAAGCAGCUCCAAAUAUGGCACCGAGUGUCAUGUUCUCCAGAACAUGCCGGGAACUGGAUCACAGAGCGAACACUACAAGGGAAAACUCGCGUCGCUGAACGGAAGAAUCAGGAAUACAAAGAUAGAUUUCGUUAUUGAUGGCAAUUUAGAGCGGCUUAUGACGAGCGUCAGCAGGCUGGGCGAAAUACGAGUGACGUCAUCUUCAGCUGAGAUGGUCACAUCACAGGCGUUGCGGGUGGCUAAGGCGGACUCCGACCCGGAGGAUGAGACAGACAUUCGCGGGUCCAGGCGGACGCUGCGCUCCAUAAAGAGCAUGAACAGCAUCAAGUCUGGCGGCAGUGCAAAUCUGUAUGCGCACUUAACGGAAACGUUUAGCGGGCGGUCCGAGACGGACACGGAGAGUUGCUGGUUCACCGGGGCCGUCUUUCUGCCGAACGGAAGCCUCGUACUGGUGGACCGCAACAACAGCAAGCUGAAGCUGGUGGACCGCUCAUGUCAGCUCGUACAGGAACUCCAUCUGGAACAGCAGCCGUAUGGCAUCACUGUGGUGACGGCCAAUCAGGUGGCCGUGACGCUUCCCCGAGAAAACAAGGUGGAGAUCUAUGACAUUGGUGCAUCCUUCGUCCUCCAGGAGAGCUUCCUGCUGAACGACCGGGGCUACGGGAUCUGCUUCGCCGUCGACAGGUUCGCGGUCCUCGCCGCCUGUGCCUCGCCACCUGCCAUCAAAGUGCUGUCCCGGUCCGGUGAGGAGAAACAUAGCCUGUGCCCUAAGGACGACUACCAUCCGAUGUUCUUCCGGCCCUGGUACGUGCAGAUGGACACUUCCGGUCAGAAUAUGUACGUCUCCGACACCCACAGGUGUCACGUGACCUGUAUCACCGGAACCGUCCUCAAACAGUGGGUGUAUAAGGACACGAGCCUUAAUUCUCCGCGAGGCCUGCACGUGACGAAGGACAAGCGCGUGCUGGUGUGCGGGUUCGGUUCUGACAACGUCCAGUUGCUUAGCAACGAUGGUGACCUCAUCGGUGACCUUCUCGCACGCAGUGAUGACGUCAUGGGGCCACAGGACGUGACCUUGAAUCAGGCGGAAGAUAAAAUGGCAUUGACCUUUGACCCUUCAAGCGGAAAUAGUGACACAGUCAGAAUUUACAGCGUGAACUUGUAAAGUGUCAAACAAACAAAAAACUGAAAACAAAUCAUAAUAACUACCACGAUGCAGGCAAACAAAUGCCACUAUCCAAAGGGGAGCGCAUCCGCCCCCUCACCAAUAGGGUUAGGGUUAGUGUUUUAUUUAAACGUAAGAGAAAAAUGCAAUAAAAUACGCCAUGUAUGCAUACACAUACACUGUUUCGAACUAGUAAUUGUUAAAAAUUUCCCCAAAACCCCACUGCCGAAAUUUUCAACCAGAUAAUCUUCGCUUCUGAAGGAGGGGUGCGAGUCAAACGGUUACACCCCUAAGUUGAGCCACCUCUAACGUCAAAACCUCCUGAAAUGUUGGCGCAACGCAAUCAUAAAACGGCAUUCUGUCAUAAGUAUGUCGAAUUUUUUAUAUUAUUGACCUAAAAAUAAUGCGAUGCCCGUAUCUGAUCGUUGAGUUCUUGUUGAGUUAUUGUUAACCCUAGGUCCAUUUUCUGAAGAUAAGGAAUUGAUAUCAACGGAUAUGACAUCAACAUUCCCUCCAAGUCUUGAAAAGUUCCACUUGAGUUACUUUAUUAGUUUAUGUUAUUACAUGUAGUUUUGCUUUAUACUUCAUUUUCUUUCAUGCUUUUUGAUAAAAUAUAGAGUUUUAUCAGUAAAAUAAAAUAACAACAGUAAAAAUAUCAAUUUGAUACUUUCACUUCAAAAUAAGGAGUGGAAAUAUCAAUUUUCAGAACUACUUUUAAAAUCCAUUGUAGUUACUUCCCCUUGAUCAAAUCAGAACACUUCAUUUUUGAAAAUGAAAAUGUUUGCAAAUAAAAU